AUGGAUCUUUCCAAAUAUUUGUUUAAAUCGCCCCAGCAGAGUGCAGCGUCGAGCAGCAAACAACAUUCGAGGAACACUGAACAGCAGCAGCCCACCUCCCCGCACGAAGCCUAUGAAAACAGACCGAUUUUAAACUUCAGCAUACCGGCAAAUACUCUGCACGCACACACAUCCACACAGCAGCACACUCCAACAAGCACAUCCACAGACAAACACUCCCCUUCCUAUCUAACUCCACACCACAACCACCAACAUCACAACCACAAAUUCGAUGACAACAACUUUAGAAGGAACAACAAUAAUGACAACACCAGGAAUAAAAAUAAUGCUUUUGACAACAUCAACAACAACAGCAGCGACAGCAAUGUUACUAGCAAGAGAAGCAGAGCGCUCUCCUUGUCAUGCUCACCUGUCGUACAGACGGAAUGUGUUUCUCAACUCAAUGCCGAGAGCAGUGAAUUCAACAACAACAAACAACAGCUACGUCAACAACAACAUCAUCAUUCCACAACAACACCAUCGUCGGCACGUUUGCCAGACUUGAGAUCGAGGACUCCGACGCUCGAACCAUCGUCGGCUUCGUCGCUCACGCCCAACUACAUGAAACCAACCAGGACGUUCGCUGAUAAGAGCAGAAAUUUGUACGUCAGUGACGAACUGAAUCAACAACAACAAAAUGGCGGCAACAACAAAUUUGUGAGAACGUCUGUAGGUAGGCGGUCUCUCCAACAACACUCUAUCAGCCAUUUCGGCUUCAAGUCACGUGGUAACAGCAGCAACAACAACAACAACAACAUCGUGAACAACGUCAGUUCUAAAAGGCCGACAACUCCAUCAUUUCUCAGUAAUCUGAGGACUUCGAAAAUUCCUCUGCCGUCGGUUAACUCAUUAUCAACAUCAAAUGACAACAGCCUCAAAUACAACAAUAACAACAACAACAAUAGCAACAUCAACAAAACAUCGGGCCUUGCAAUAACUAAGGAAGCAUUCCUCUCUCGAAUCAAUUCUCUCCGAAGAUCAAAAACUGGAUCGAAACCAAACAACAGCAGCAACGACAACAGCAGCAACGACAACAGCAGCAACGACAACAGCAGCAACGACGGUGAUGUUGAUGUUGAUGCUGCGACGACUCCAACAAUGACGUCAUCAACAACAGCUCUUCGUGUCAGCAGCAUCAGCGAAUCCAUCAUGAAGAUGACCAACAACAUACAAUCAAGGGACGACCUUCAAAAUGAUGACUUCAGGCAAACAUUUACAAACAGCAACAUCAACAACAACAUCAGAAGUGGUAGAAUAAGCCCGUUUAGUGAUAAUGGUCAUUACGUACGUUCGAUCGAAACAACAAAACAGAUAUGGCUCUCAUGCACACUCAAUUUCUUCAACAACAUCAAUAUACACUGCACUCAACAACAUCAGCAACAACUUCAGCAACAGCAUCAGCAACAACAUCAGCAACAGCAUCAGCAACAACAUCAACAGACGUCGAGAUUACAGCGGUCAACAUGUCCUCAACAACACUCCACAUACAACGACAUUAAUAAUGAUUACAGCAACAAUUACAUUGACAACGACAUUAUGAUUGAUGAGUUUACUCUUCUUGAAGACCAUCGUCGUAAUAAUUUGCAGCAGCAGCAGAAGUUCAACAGAUCUGUCCCUAGUUCCCCACUGCCAACACGACGCAUUCUUUGCCCCUCUCCCUCGCCAUCCAACCAAUCAGAAACGAGCAAGUCUUCGUACAGAUAUAACCACAACAAUUAUAACGAAGCAGUGGACAAAUACAACAGCAGCAACAACAGCAACAGCAGCUCUGUUGGGCGAUCGGUAGUAAGCGGGAGGUUGAAGACCAAUCAGAAAUCAUCAUUCGAUCAAAUGAGUGACUGUAGCAGUGAGAAGGAUUAUUCCGUUGGCAGCAAUGAAAGUUCUCUCGAAAAUUAUUUAUCUGCCUUCGAGUUCCAAAGAUCCAGAGGAAAUUUUGGAGAACUUGAAUUCGUCCAAUUGGCAAAUGAGAAGAGAGGGGCUUAUUGCGAGCGAGAUAUAAAGAGAAUGACCGAUAGUUUCACGAGAAUGUUUCACGAACCACAUUCUAAAGUCUUCUCUCUUUUUCUUGAAACGUUGGUUGCCGUGGUACUGACCUACAAACACCUCUUACCUCCGAACUGGGUCAGAUUGUGUCUGCAGAGGUUGUUCGCUAAGCUGGCUACCGAUUUGUUGGGCUCCGUUCAGGUCAAAGUUAAAAAAGUCCUCGAUGCUUUGAGAGAUUCGUAUGGAUGGAAGGAGCAGGCUGAUUGGCUGAUGGAGAUUACAGCCAACCAAUCACUGUUGCACAACAAUAAGAGCAGGGAGUGCUUGCUGGUUUAUACGAGGGAGUUGUUGGGCGUGACGUCAUCGGGUCAGGAGGUGCAAGCCUCUGAGAGUUGCUGUCAACUCAUCAACAACAUCAUCGCCAUCAACGAUCAAUAUAAGACUAAUGAUACUAGGAAGAACGUCCAGCACAUCCUGAUCAGCUUGUUCGAUCUCAACCCGCCAGCCUACUCCAACAUUAUGCUCGCUCAGUCAAGAUACGUGCAGCAGCAACAACAACUUCAGCAGCAACAGACACAUCAAGAUGUUAUAAAAUCUCCCCAAUUAAUUAAAACUUUCAACAUCAAUAAACCAUCAUUAUUCAACAUUUACAGAAACAAAGAUGAAACAAAACAACAACAAAAAUUGCAACAACUACAGCAGCAGCAGUUAGAACAAGACAAAAAGAUUGUUAAAGACUUUGAAAAAUGCAUCGAUAGCUUUAAACAGGUUGACCCGAACAAAGACGACCUUGAACUUGAAGCAGCCUUGAAACAGCUGAUCAUAUGGCUGCCCAGCGAUCCAGACCUCAUUACGAACCAACAUUUAAUUUCAUUGUUGACCGUCCUCUUCAGAGCUCCUGGCUCUCUCAUACAAAAUUCAUCAAACCUACUUUCUGACUGCAUCAAUAUGUUGUUGAAGACGAGAUCAAGUAGCCAAUCACUGAUCGUCUUACAAUCCAUUAUCGACCAGUCAGAUGAUAGAAAUAUCCUGUCGGCUCUACACUGGUUAAGGCCACAGUUGGAAGCCACUCCUACCGAUCAGCUGACUGACCUUCUCGAUGACCUCGUGCCCUCUUUGCUCAGGGCCUCCGAUAGCAACAACAAGUCAGUGAGAACGGCCAGCGUCAUGCUGCUGGUUGAGCUCUACAACAUUUACAAUGAGCAGCUCUGGUCCUACAUCAAUCACGUUAACGUUCACAAGGUAAACCUGUUAAAGAUGUAUUUCAAGAAGGCUCAAUCGAAAUGAUUGGCUGAUGAGUGGGAGUAUAAAUGAAUGAAUGAAUGAAUGAAUGAAUCGAUGGAAUAACGAAAUAGAGAAUGUUAUCCGUAUUUAUUGAAAGUAAUAACUAAAAUCGAUCAAUCAAUUAAUUAUUUAUGAUUAUUAAUAUUUUCUUAUUUUUGAGGCCCUUUAAUUUUUGCUGUAUUGAAAUGCGAUCAAACAAAUAAUUCAUUUAUUUAUUCGUUCUCUUAUUCAUUCAUUUAUUCAUUCGUUUAUUUUUGGUUCUUUCAAACGAUCAUUCUAUCAUCGAUAAAGUAUAUAUACACUCAUUAUUUCGUUAACAUGAAUAGAUCGUGCUCACUAUAUUUUGCUAUAGCACUCCGUAUGAUUUAGAUUAGAUAUAGAAGGUAUUGUAACUGCAGAACAUUCGAUCAAUGAAUUAUUAACAGUUUUUUAUAUAAAAUUAGAUGAAUUCAUAAUCUUUCAGCUGUCAAUUGAAA